UGUCAAACUUUUGCCCGCUACCGCGCGGGAUCGACGACGUCGCUCGCAAAAUGUGUCAGUGUGUGUAAUUCCCACGUGCGUGACAGAUCAUCGCAAAUCGUUCGCCAGAGAAGGCACCGAUUCGCUGCGGUUCUCUUGCAACACCUGCCCGUACAUUUGCAAGAUAAAGCGCAAGAUAUCGACCCGAAUCUAUCCGAAGUUGAAGGAAGUGGAUCAUGUUAUGGGAGGUGCGGCUGCCUGGGAGAACGUAGAUUCAACCGAUGCUGAUUGCCCUGCCUGUGCCCACAAUCGAGCGUAUUUUAUGCAAAUGCAAACUCGAUCCGCCGAUGAGCCUAUGACAACGUUCUACAAGUGCUGCAAUCCAACCUGUGGUCAUAAUUGGAGGGAAUAAGACUAUCCUCUUUGGCAUAAAGAUAAUGAAUUUGGCGCGUAAUUUAUCAACCGUAAAAAGCUUUGUUAGAUUAAGUUCAAAGAUUGAGGAGAUGUCCCGGGAGAUGAAUGGGAUAAUGGCCCCAGACGCUGGUACCGUCAUCAAAUCCAGUGACAAUAAAGCGAUUCGCCAGGCUGCUAACCUGCUUGAAUCGGGGAAAGUCAUUGCGCUUCCGACCGAUACCGUGUACGGGCUUGCAUGUAGUGCCAACGAUCCCAAAGCUAUCCAGCGGCUGUACGCCAUCAAGGGCCGCGAAGAGAAAAAGCCGGUAGCCAUAUGCGUGGCGGAUUUCAACGACCUGCGCCAUUGGGGCCAAGCGAAUCACUUGCCGAACGAGCUGCUCGAACAGUUGCUUCCGGGUCCCGUUACAAUCGUCGUUCGGAAAUCUGUCCAUUUGGAUAACCCGUUCCUCAAUCCGGGAGUGGAAAAGAUAGGAAUCAGAAUUCCGGACUUUGAUUUUAUCAGGGACGUUUCGAGGGCAUUCCGAUUUCCGGUGGCGCUGACCAGUGCCAACAGGAGUUCCGAACAGAGCACACUGAAUGUAGGGGAAUUUGAAAAGCUGUGGCCAGCUUUGGGCGCCGUGUUUGACGGUGGUCAACUGGGGCUUCGAGAAGAGCAACGAGCAGCUUCAACGGUGAUUGAUCUGUCGCAGGUGGGACAGUAUAAAAUAAUUCGCAAGGGGGUAGCCAUUGAGCACACAGUUCACGUGGUUGAGCAGUUUGGCUUCAAGAAUGUAUUAUAAAGUAGAGUUACUAUAUUGUUAAUGGCAUAAGUUUUUGAAAAAAAUAAAUAAAAUUGAAAUAUGCAAAAAAUAUCAUUCAAUGGAGUGAGUUUAGGAAAAAUCCGAGAAAAACCAUUACAUAUUGUAACUAAUAACGGAUGCUUUUGAAGGUCUGUGAAAUAUCUGGUAGGGAUUUUGGUAAUUUUAGCUUAAAAUAAUUUAUACAUCGAAGACAGAAAAGGCAUUGGUGGAGCAUACACGUACAUGGAAGACUUAUGCCAGAAAACUUAUAUUAGAGCAGUGAUUCCCAUCCUUUUUGUAGUUGCGACCCUUUUUGUCCGAAGUUCUUCAAACAUCCUACGGGCUUCUGAGAAUCAAAGCUCU